CCAGGAAGGUCUUGAGCCCCCAGGAGGUGUGUGCUCUCUAGACUCACCCUUUUCCUGAUGUUAAACAGAAAGUGGUGACAGCGCACCGCCGAGAGCCAUCUGUUACAGAUUGGAAUAAAUUCGUGGAUCAAGAAGACCCAGGAGGGACACAAUUUCCUUUGUUGCAUUUAUAACUGCUACAAAAAUGCCACAUCUCCAUCAAUAUGAAGAAGAGAAGUUCUUCUUAAAUGCCAGAGGACAGAAGGAAACUUUGCCCAGCAUAUGGGACUCACCUACCAAGCAACUCUCUGUUGUUGUGCCUUCAUACAAUGAAGAAAAACGGUUGCCUGUAAUGAUGGAUGAAGCGCUGGGCUAUCUAGAGGAGAGACAGAAGCAAGAUCCCACGUUCACGUAUGAGGUGAUAGUAGUUGAUGAUGGCAGCAAAGACCAAACUUCAAAGGUAGCUUUUAAAUAUUGCCAGAAAUACGGAAGCGACAAAGUACGAGUGAUCACGCUGGUGAAGAAUCGUGGGAAAGGCGGAGCUAUUAGGAUGGGUAUAUUCAGUUCUCGAGGAGAAAAGAUCCUUAUGGCAGAUGCUGAUGGAGCCACAAAGUUUCCAGAUGUUGAGAAAUUAGAAAAGGGACUGAAUGAUCUACAGCCUUGGCCUGACCAAAUGGCUAUUGCAUGUGGAUCUCGAGCUCACUUGGAAAAAGAAUCAAUUGCUCAGCGUUCUUACUUCCGUACUCUGCUCAUGUAUGGGUUCCACUUUCUGGUGUGGUUCCUUUGUGUCAAAGGGAUCAGAGACACACAGUGUGGCUUCAAAUUAUUAACUCGAGAAGCAGCUUCACGGACGUUUUCAUCUCUGCACAUCGAACGAUGGGCAUUUGAUGUAGAACUGCUUUACAUAGCACAGUUCUUUAAAAUUCCAAUAGCAGAAAUUGCUGUCAACUGGACUGAAAUUGAAGGUUCUAAAUUAGUUCCAUUUUGGAGCUGGCUACAAAUGGGCAAGGACCUACUUUUUAUACGACUUCGAUAUUUGACUGGUGCCUGGAGGCUUGAGCAAACCAGGAAGAUGAAUUAGGUUACUUGCCGUCUUUGUAUUCUUAUGUAUCAGUGUCACGUUAUUUCACCGGAAAUUAAAAUUUUAAAUAAACCUGAAAUAAACCUA